AUGCCGACUGAAUCUUCAAUCAGUGGUGCAGUUCAAGGAGGAACUACAAUGGUGGAUUCUCAUCAUCCACUUUUCUUGCAGUCAUGUGAUACUCCAGGUAGUUCUCUAGUUUCCAUUCAACUUACUGGAUCAGAAAACUACUCAUUAUGGAGUAGAUCUAUGAAGAUAGGUCUUCUAGGUAAAGGGAAAAUAGGAUUUAUUGAUGGAAAAUGCAGUAAGGAUAAAUUCAAUUCUUCUCUACAUGAUCUAUGGGGAAAAUGCAAUGCUAUAGUGCUAUCAUGGAUAAUGAUCUCUGUAAGUAGGGAAAUACUGAGUCGAAUAGUCUAUGCAAGUAGUGCUCAACAAGUGUGGACUGAUCUAAGAGAGAGAUUUGACAAAGUUGAUGGAUCUAGAAUUUUUUAUCUGCAUAAGGAGAUUGCUACACUACAACAGGGGCUUAUGUCUGUUUCUAGCUAUUUUUCUAGGCUUAAGGAAUUGUGGAUAGAGUAUGAUUCAUUGAUGCCUUGUCCUGGCUGUGCCUAUGCAAUUUCUCUUAGGACUAAAUGA